AUGGUGGUUGAAGUCGGUACGAUAAACCACAGUGCUGUGGAGCCGUUCAAGACAUGGCAAUAUGAGAGGUCGGGGAACGAAGACAACCUCGAUAUCCGCGUGGAAUCCGAUCUCUUCUCGUCACUGACGCCGCGGCAAUGCUCUAGGCACGAGGACAUUAGGCAGUGCCUGGAGUUCUUACCAUCACCGUUGCCAACGAAACCGGCGACGGACACAGUUGUUCGUACACCGCCAACAGCAGAACCAAGCCGCACCUUCACUUUCAAGAGAAGCCAUGAAUGGAUCGACUUUGACUUCUCAAGGCAAUUUUCCCUUCUCAGGCUAGAGAAGCGCGGGAGGCUAGACUCGGACGUCGACGGACCACACACGGCCGGUCUGAGUUUGAAGAAGCGUCGCUUGAGGCUCCAUCUUAUCACCAGCAGACUCUCCCAGCCGUUCUCGUUACCUGCAACGCACAUCAUCAAUCGUGACGGAGCGGCGUCGGGCGACAAGCGGUUCGUCAAGUUGGCCGCCGUAGCCACCUCCCCGGAUACCAGCAAACAGAGUUUGAACCGUGAGAGCUCGGUGAUGUUAAGGGCAGCAGUGCUCAACAGAGUCAGGCUGCGUGUCCGGAACGAGGCGACGCAACGGGGCGACGUCGUCAUUGCUGUUGCGGCUGCAAAUGCCGCGGUGCUUCACCACGGCCAGCAACUUGCCACCGGAGCCAGAUUCGUAGCGCCGCCGCCCGCGCUUGCGGAACAGCGGCAGCAACUACCUCCACGGGUGAUUUUGAUGCGGCCCGGCAUCUCAAUCACCCCUGGCCCGAGUGUCCUUUCACCGCAAGCUGAGAGGAAACCGUCUCCUCCAAGGACCCUGCAAUCAAACAAGAUAAUACCCAAGUCACCGCGAUUACAUCCGACCCGGUCGCCAGUAUUGACGCCCUCUGAGACCUUGCUCGAAGACAUGGACGACGACGUUCCCUUGGCUUUUCAUACGUCAGACCAGGAUUGCCAGUAUGCUUGGGCCGAUGAAGAUGAUCUGGAAGACGUGUACUCGGACUUUGGAGCCAUUUUCGGUGGCUCAACUCAAAAUGGAGAGACCGAAGAUGAUGGCUCUUAUGAGGAGUAUCUGGACGAGCUGGAUGGGAUAUCGUGGGUCGGUAGGUGA